AUAUUAAACGAGCAGAUGGUGCGCUAGGCAGCCGGAUGUAUUGUUGAAGGGAGGGCUCUGACUGGUGCGCGACAGCACUAGCAAAGUAAUAGUAACCUACAACAUAUUGUUUCGAGUAUUCUGUCGGUAUAUUGUGGUAUUCGCACGAUCUGACCAGUAGGAUAGUGUAAAUUAGACUACAGAAAUUGUCUCCGGCGGAUUUUAAAGCGAGGAAAUAGGCUACCAAGCCGUGAUAAAUCCGUUUCUCGUGUUCUUUGAAACGUCGGGAAUCAAAGCUCUGCCUCCCAGUGAACCGCUACACCGGCCGGCAUGUCUUACCAAGGCAAGAAGAACAUUCCCCGUUUGUCGGUAGGCACUCCUCGUUCAUCGACGGAUCGCCUCAUUAUCAAAGGAGGAAAGAUCGUUAAUGACGACCAGUCUUUCUACGCAGACGUCUAUGUGGAGGAUGGGACCAUCAAGCAGAUUGGUGAGAACCUUUUAGUUCCAGGAGGGGUGAAGACAGUUGAUGCCUACGGACACAUCGUGAUCCCCGGGGGCGUCGAUGUGAACACCAGCCUCCAGACCUCCCAGCUGGGCAUGAGCCCUUCAGAUGACUUCUACCACGGGACCAAGGCUGCCCUGGCAGGGGGCACCACCAUGAUCAUUGACCAUGUGGUCCCUGAGCCUGGUGCCACCCUCCUGGGGGCCUACGACCAGUGGAAGGACAUAGCAGACAGGGGGUCCUGCUGUGAUUACUCCCUCCACAUGGACAUCACCCGCUGGCACGACGGACUCUUUGAAGAGAUGGAGAGCCUGGUGAAGGAUAAAGGAGUCAAUUCCUUCUUGAUCUUCAUGGCUUACAAGGACAAAUUCCAGAGCUCAGAUAGUCAGAUGUAUGAGAUUUUUGGUAUCAUUAGAGACCUGGGUGCCAUCGCUCAGGUUCACGCUGAGAACGGAGACAUCAUUGACGAGGAGCAGAAGCGACUACUGGAGCUGGGGAUCACUGGGCCUGAGGGACAUGUGCUGUGUCACCCAGAGGAGGUGGAGACAGAGGCAGUGUACCGGGCCAUCACCAUCGCCAAGCAGGCCAACUGUCCUCUCUACAUCACCAAGGUGAUGAGCAAGUCGGCUGCUGAUGUCAUUGCCAAGGCCAGGAAGAAGGGCAUGGUGGUUUAUGGCGAGCCAAUCACAGCCAGCCUUGGGACAGACGGAUCACACUAUUGGAGUAAGAACUGGGCUAAGGCUGCAGCGUUCGUCAUGUCCCCACCCCUCAGCCCAGACCCCAGCACCCCUGACUACCUCAACUCCCUGCUUUCCUGUGGAGACCUUCAGGUGACGGCCAGUGGCCACAGCACCUUCUCGACGGCCCAGAAGGCUGUUGGGAAAGACAACUUCACCCUCAUCCCUGAAGGAACUAACGGCAUCGAGGAGAGGCUAGCCAUCGUCUGGGAGAAGGCUGUGGCGACAGGCAAGAUGGAUGAGAAUGAGUUUGUUGCGGUGACGAGCACCAACGCUGCCAAGCUGUUCAACCUGUAUCCUCGUAAAGGAAGGAUUGCUGUGGGGUCAGACGCAGACAUUGUGAUCUGGAACCCCAAGGAGACCAAGACCAUCUCAGCCACGACCCACGCACUGACAGUGGAGAUAAACAUCUUUGAGGGCAUGGAGGUGCGGGGAGCCCCGGUGGUGGUGAUCAGCCAGGGGAAGAUCGUCCUGGAGGGGGGCAAGCUGAACGUCACAGAGGGCUCUGGACGCUUUGUACCCAGGAAAGCUUACCCUGACUACAUCUACAAGAGGAUCAAAGCACGCAGCAAGAUGGCUGAUGCCCGUGGCGUCCCCCGAGGGAACUAUGAUGGACCGGUCCAUGAUGUCAUCAGCAUGACUAAGUCAGUGCCGGCCACUCCCUCCAGCAGGGGGCCCCAGUGCCCAGGGAAGGGCCCCCUCGGCCCCACCAGGAACCUGCACCAGUCUGGUUUCACCCUAUCCGGUAUGGGAACUCAGAUUGACGAUCACAUCCCACGACGCUCAGCACAGAGGAUCGUGGCGCCACCCGGUGGCCGCUCCAAUAUCACCUCCCUGUCGUGAACCUGGGAGCUCCUUGCUCCUCGCGUCUGCUGUAGGGAGAAAGAUAAAUCAACUACUGUAGCAACAACCAACUACAUCAAUCAAAACCAAUCUCACCUGGCUUCCAGAACUCAACUCAACAGUGAAACCUGAACAUGCAGUCUUCUUCUCAGAUACAACUGUAAAACAGUAUACAGCAUAGAACUACAUUUACCACUAGUAGUUACCAGUCAUUCUAUUUCUAUGGUAGACACACCAACUGGUAAAACCCACCAACAUAGUACUUUAAUCUGUUAUCCUUUAUCAAUAAUGUGAUCAAUUCCUCAAUCAAUUUAUCUCGUCACCCAUCAAUAGUCAACUGUCCCUGUCAGAUCUCCAUAGCAUGCACCUUCAACAGUCUCUGUCUCCUCAGAUAACCGUCUCUCUCUCAUCUCCUCAGCUUCACUAUAGCUUUACUAACAUGGUGAUAAAUGAGUCCUAGAUGAAAGUAGUUCUCUUUAGACCACAGAAUGCCUCUCAGCUCUCUCUCGUCGUAGUGAUCCCUGCUUCUGCUUUCGCUUCAGUGCUUCUUAGAAACUCUGUAGGUGAGUCCAACAUGGAACUCUAUUCCCUAGAUAGUGGACAAAAGUAGUGCACUAUCUAGGGAAUAGUGUUCCAUUUCAGACUAACGCGAACUUGUUGUCUCUCUCUGCUGUUAUUUAGUCAUGGCUGUAGUCUAUUUAGGCUUCAUCUUACCCUGUCUUACUGUUAUGCAUGACUUUUCCUCUUCAUCGUUACUCAUUACAAAUACAAGGAAAAGAAGUGUGUAUUACUGUUACUGUGAACAGACUGUAGGGACAGUCCUCUAGUCACACUUGUCUUUCUAUUAUUAUGAUGUUUUAUCCCAGUGCAAGUGCGCUAACUUUGCUUCCAUGGUAUAGUCAGUCAGUCAGAAUAGGAACUUCACCAAUCCUUCUAGUCAGUCAGUCAGAAUAAGAACUUCACCAAUCCUUCUAUUCAGUCAGUCAGAAUAGGAACUUCACCAAUCCUUCUAUUCAGUCAGUCAGAAUAGGAACUUCACCAAUCCUUCUAUUCAGUCAGUCAGAAUAAGAACUUCACCAAUCCUUCUAUUCAGUCAGUCAGAUUAAGAACUUCACCAAUCCUUCUAUUCAGUCAGUCAGAAUAGGAACUUCACCAAUCCUUCUAUUCAGUCAGUCAGAAUAGGAACUUCACCAAUCCUUCUAGUCAGUCAGUCAGAAUAGGAACUUCACCAAUCCUUCUAGUCAGUCAGUCAGAAUAGGAACUUCACCAAUCCUUCUAUUCAGUCAGUCAGAAUAGGAACUUCACCAAUCCUUCUAGUCAGUCAGUCAGAAUAGGAACUUCACCAAUCCUUCUAUUCAGUCAGUCAGAAUAGGAACUUCACCAAUCCUUCUAUUCAGUCAGUCAGAAUAGGAACUUCACCAAUCCUUCUAUUCAGUCAGUCAGAAUAGGAACUUCACCAAUCCUUCUAUUCAGUCAGUCAGAAUAGGAACUUCACCAAUCCUUCUAUUCAGUCAGUCAGAAUAGGAACUUCACCAAUCCUUCUAGUCAGUCAGAAUAGGAACUUCACCAAUCCUUCUAGUCAGUCAGAAUAGGAACUUCACCAAUCCUUCUAGUCAGUCAGAAUAGGAACUUCACCAAUCCUUCUAGUCAGUCAGAAUAGGAACUUCACCAAUCCUUCUAGUCAGUCAGAAUAGGAACUUCACCAAUCCUUCUAGUCAGUCAGAAUAGGAACUUCACCAAUCCUUCUAGUCAGUCAGAAUAGGAACUUCACCAAUCCUUCUAGUCAGUCAGAAUAGGAACUUCACCAAUCCUUCUAGUCAGUCAGAAUAGGAACUUCACCAAUCCUUCUAGUCAGUCAGAAUAGGAACUUCACCAAUCCUUCUAGUCAGUCAGAAUAGGAACUUCACCAAUCCUUCUAUUCAGUCAGUCAGAAUAGGAAUUUCACCAAUCCUUCUAUUCAGUCAGUCAGAAUAGGAACUUCACCAAUCCUAGUCAGUCAGAAUAAGAACUUCACCAAUCCUUCUAGUCAGUCAGUCAGAAUAGGAACUUCACCAAUCCUUCUAGUCAGUCAGUCAGAAUAGGAACUUCACCAAUCCUUCUAUUCAGUCAGUCAGAAUAGGAACUUCACCAAUCCUUCUAGUCAGUCAGUCAGAAUAGGAACUUCACCAAUCCUUCUAGUCAGUCAGUGAGAAUAGGAACUUCACCAAUCCUUCUAGUCAGUCAGUCAGAAUAGAAACUUCACCAAUCCUUCAUGUCCAUAUAGGAGUUACAGGGAAGCCCAUAUCAUCUUUAUACUGGAUCUGUGUUUUUGUCUUUAUAGCACAGCCAUUUUCCGCUGUCAUCGUAUGACUUUUAUAUUUUUGUACACAAAGACAAAACAUCUGGUGCUUUGAAACCCUAGCCUGGUUAAGCCAGACUGAAUACCCCACUGACUUGGUGAAACAGAGCAUAGCAGUCAGGAUUCCAGGGUAUUGAACACCCACUUUGUAGCCAAGCUACACAGGGAUACGUGGAGCUGUGAACAAUAAACAGUGGUUUUAAAAGUCUUUAGCUUUUUAAAACCUGACUCUUAUUUGUAAUGAUUUUAUUUCAUUUUCUACCAUUUCCUUUCUCUUUUGUAGACUUCAUGUUUGUACUUUUACAUGGUCCGGUUGAGAAAGUGGUCAUUUUUUUUGUCGCCCAAAUAGACCAACAACAUUAACGUUGUUCUUGUUCAAGUCUCUUGUUCAACAGUGUUGUACCUCGGUAUACUCAGUCAGUCUUUAGAAAGGUUGUUUGCAUUCGUUAAGUGGUCAUAUAAAAAAGGCAAAUGAAGUGGUCUAUUAAGUCUUUUUGUACUGUUUCUGUGUCCAAUGGUAAUAUGAUUUGUGUCCCGAAAGCUAAUGUAAGCAUGUCCUGAAUAAAGUUUGAGGGGAAAAGUGUAA